CAGGUGGUGAAGAAAGAGUCAUGGAAUUGCUUGAAAAAGGAACGAGUAAACAGCAACUCACAGAGCAGUUGCUCAAUGGAGACGAGGAGAAAGGAAUAUUGCAUCAUAGUUUGUUUUAUAAUUUUUUCUUCAACCCAAGCAUACUUGGAAAAGAUUUAUACUCGAUAGUUAAAUUUGGCCUCGUACAAUACAUGAUUCUGAAAACAUUAUGUUCCUUCCUGGCGCUAAUGUUGGAGCUUUUUGGUGUUUAUGGAGACGGGGAGUUCAAGUGGUAUUACGGGUACCCGUAUAUUGCUGUCGUCAUAAACUUUAGUCAAAUGUGGGCUUUGUAUUGUCUGGUGCAGUUCUAUAAUGUAACCCAUCAUUGGUUGGAACCUAUCCAUCCCUUGGCAAAAUUUAUUAGUUUUAAAGCCAUUGUGUUUGCAACCUGGUGGCAAGGUGUGGGCAUUGCAAUGAUAUGUUAUUUUGGCAUUUUACCAAAGGAAGAAAAGAUUCAGAACGGCAUCCAAGAUUUUCUUAUCUGCAUUGAAAUGGCUGUUGCAGCCAUUGCACAUAUACAUGUAUUUCCAGCAGAGCCGUACCGAUUUGUGCCGUUUUCUCCGAAUCUAACGGUCACUUCUGUACAUACAAUAGCCAAAGCUAACUUAGAGGACCAAGAAAAGAAACCAGCUAUUGUAGAACAGAAGAAAGCAUGCGUUGAAGCUCCAGGGACCAGCAUUACUGAAAGUGUUCAGGAUGUGGUUAUCGGAGGAGGUGAACAUGUGGCCAAGGAUGUAUCAUUGACCAUCUCUCAAGCAAUCACGCCUGUAGAGAAAGGCGUCCACUUAAUUCAGGAGAGCUUUCAUCACCUAUCAUUGCGCCCCAAUAAGGAACAGGGCGAAGCAAAGAUUGUAGAAGAACAUGUCGUGAAGGAUGUGAAAGAUGAUGAGAAAACUGAAGUGGUCUGCUCUACUGAAAUUAUUACCGAAACCAAUGAUCGAUAAUAUGAAGUGCGGCGCUCCAGGCAUCCAAUAGUUCACUAAUAUUCACAGUGUAGUUUCGAAAUGAGAUAAUUUUACUAACUUUUACUGCCAACUUUGCAUUCAAGUUAGUUCUUAAUAGUUAAAUCUAACUAUAGUUGCAUCAGUAGUUUAUGAAUCAAAAACAGAAUUUUGCUUUUGAUUCAGCCAUGAAACAUUUACGAUGCCAAGGGAAAUUUACAUGCAUGACAUACAACGCUGUAUUUUAAAUUAGAUUUUAGCCAUAGGUUGUAAUUUAGUCUGACAGUCUUCUUCAAAAUUUAUGCUAUAAUCUUAUUUCUGUCCCAACUAUUAUUUAAACCAUGUGCCCCUUAUGUGU